CACUACUUUUGUUUAAAUUAAGCAAUGACCAACACGGCUUAAGAGCCCCGAGGUUUUCAUAUUUAAUUUAAUCGAAUUUCGUUAAAUCUGAUGUUUUAUUCGUAAACUCUUCUCUGUCGUCUCUGUUCUCGUUUAAGAAGUUGACAGUUUUUUUCGGGCUGACGCGCUUUCUUCCACUUCUGGAAAUUCUCAUGUUAUUUUAAUUUAGUUCAAUUUUGGGAUUUUGAUUUUGUGAAUAGAAAUGGAGGACAAUUUAUUGAGCUCAGCUCACCAAAUUGAAGACUUGCCGGAGCAUUUGGUUCUUCAAAUCUUGACGUUGGGUCGAUUGAAUGCGAUCGAUUUAGUGUCUUUGGAAAUGAGUUCGAGGGCUUUCAGGCCAAGUCAUGGGAUGUUCCCUAAAAACAUGAUGUCGGUUGUAGAUUGUGCUGCUAUUCAGCUAUGUGGCUCGAACAUCAUCUAUACCUCUCUUCCGGCCUAUGCUAGGGAAGAUCUUCUGGAUCGGUGUAGUGGAAAUUGGAAACGGUUACUGGGCUUCUUGCAAUCUGUGGAGCAAUCAUCUGACAUGGUUGAAACCUCCGCAGGCAAUAUGCAAAUUAAAAGUGGAAGAUAUCACACUUUGCUGGUUAGUGACGGGGCAGUAUACUCUUGUGGGUCUAGUUUGUGUGGUGUCCUUGGUCAUGGGCCUCAAAAAACACAGUGUGUAGAAUUUACACGCAUCAGCUUCGCUUUUCCUGUACAAGUCAUCCAGGUUUCAGCUUCCCACAAUCAUGCUGCUUUUGUGACCCAGUCUGGGGAGGUAUUCACUUGUGGAGAUAACUCGUCCUAUUGUUGCGGGCACAGAAGUCGCACUAUUUUCAGGCCCCAGCUUGUAGAGUCACUGAAGCACAUCCCCUGCAAACAGGUUGCAGCUGGUCUUACUUUCACCAUGUUUCUUACAAGAGACGGACGCGUCUACACAUGUGGAUCCAACGUUCAUGGUCAGCUUGGUCAUGGUGACACAAUGGAUAGGCCAACACCUACAUGUGUAGAACUGCUUGCAUUCCUUUGCACCGUUGUUCAAAUUGCUGCCGGACCAAGCUACGCCCUUGCUGUGGCUUUGGAUGGGUCACUUUACACUUUUGGAUCGGGCUCCAAUUUCUGCCUUGGCCAUGGGGAGCAGCUCAAUGAAUUCCACCCAAGGGCAAUCCAGUCAUUCAAGAGGAAGGGCAUUCAUCUUCUUCGUGUGUCUGCUGGUGAUGAACAUGUUGUAGCACUCGAUUCAAAUGGAUAUGUUUACACCUGGGGAAAAGGUUACUGUGGUGCACUUGGGCAUGGGAAUGAGACUGAUAAGACUACCCCAGAACUUGUGGACAGCCUUAAGAGUCACCUUGCCAUCCAGGUUUUUGAAUUUUAUUUCACCUUCACUUGUUUAUAGGCCUUAUUAACUCUAAGCACCAUUCAUGUGCCAGAUAUACUGCUUGGUUAUUCAUUGAGAACUGAAGGUUUGUGCAAGUAAGAGAAAGACUUUUGUAGUGGUAGAUAAUGGCCGUGUCUUUGGUUUUGGAUGGAUGAGUUUUGGUAGCCUUGGUUUCCUUGACAGAGGAGCAUCUGAUAAAGUGGCGAGGCCGUGUGUCCUUGACAGCCUGCGCUCCCACCGCGUAUCUCAGAUUAGCACCGCACUGUACCACACCAUAGUAAUCACCAAUCGGGGACAACUCUAUGGUUUUGGUGAUAAUGAAAGAGCCCAACUCGGACAAGACACACUCCGAGGAUGCCUCAAUCCUACUGAAAUUUUGGUGCCGAAGUCAUCAUGAAUGUGAAAGUUGGACCAACAUAGUUUACAUUGUUUUCAGGUGCAUCUCUAGUUGUUAUCAUUAGUAUAUGGACAUGUUUACUAUGUGUGGUCAGGGAUGAUAAUGUUAAAUUUAUUAACUUACAAAGGUAUUCUUUUAGGAAUGUUUGGUUAAUGGGACAAUGUACUGCAACAUCAUGACAGGCAGUAUGCAUAUCUUGUGUUCUUUUCUACACCACUAUUUCAUCUUUGAAUAACUAAAUUGAUGAGGUUGAAG